AGCAUGAGGAGGGAGAACGAGAGCAGAGUGUCCCAAUUCCACCUCCUGGGGAUCCCCAUCCCCCCAGAGCAGCAGGGCAUUUUCUUUGUCCUGUUCCUGGGCAUGUACCUGACCACGGUGCUGGGGAACCUGCUCAUCAUCCUGCUCAUCAGGCUGGACUCUCACCUCCACAUCCCCAUGUACUUCUUCCUCAGCCACUUGGCCUUCACUGAUGUCUGCUUCUCAUCUGUCACUGUCCCCAAAAUGUUGAUGGACAUGCACAUUAAUCACAAGUCCAUCCCCUUCACAGAGUGCAUUUGCCAGAUGUAUUUUUUCAUAUUGUUUGGUUGUCUUGACAAUUUCCUUCUUGGAGUGAUGGCAUAUGACAGGUAUGUGGCCAUCUGUCAUCCACUCCACUACACCACCAUCAUGAGGCAGGAGCUGUGUGUCUCAUUAGUAGUUGGGUCAUGGUUCUUCUGUUGUACUCAUGCCCUGUUGCACACCCUCCUCUUGGUCCAACUGUCCUUCUGUGCUGACAAUACCAUCCCCCACUUCUUCUGUGACCUCACUGCUCUCCUGAAGACGAGCUGCUCAGACACUUCCAUCAAUGAGCUGGUCAUCUUCACUGAGGGAGGAAUGCUUUUCAUCUUGCCUUUGAUUAGUGUCUUGGGCUCUUAUAUCCAGAUAGGGACCACCGUCUUGAGGGUUCCCUCUGUGAAGAGAUUCUUCAAAGCCUUUUCUACCUGUGGCUCCCAUCUCUUUGUGGUAUCUUUAUACUACGGGACCAUUGCAGGUGUUUACUUUUUCUCCUCAUCCUCCAUCUCCAAUGAUAAAGACAUAAUUGCUUCUGUGAUGUAUAUGGUAGUCGCCCCCAUGCUGAAUCCCUUCAUCUACAGCCUGAGGAACAGAGAUAUGAAACAUGCCCUAGAAAUAUUUGCUAAUAGGGUUAAUUUCUUUAAAUUGCAAUCACUAAAUCUAUAA